AUGGCGGCCCUAGCUGAAGUCUCCUGGCUAGAGGAUGAUGUGAUACCACCACCCCCUGAUGCAGAUGACAGGAAGGUUACUAUUCCUUGGAGUGGUUGGGUGCACGAGAAGCCCCCAGCUAGACGCCGUUCUAGGGCUAGAGCAGUCGUGGGGACACCUUCACCAUCAGCCCCUACAGCAGCCCCAUCCUCUUCUACAGCAGCAGCUCCAUCUUCAUCGACAGCUCCACCUUCAGCACCUGAGCCGACUUAUCUACUGGUCCAGCGUCUAUUUCGGUUCUUAGAGCGCGAGAGGCGCCAUGUAAGAUGCCGACUGGAUCGGAUGGACCAAGUGCUCAUUUCUCUGGGUGCUGAGUUACCUCCGCUUCCCGAUUCUCCGGCCUCCGAUGAGCAGCAGGAUGUCCCACCAGCUGCUCCAGACACCACAAAGCCACCACAGACUCAUGAGGAGCUGGUUCCACAGCCUCAGACAGAUUCAGCACCUACCGUUGUACCUUCCACUGAUCCUCUGGUUUAG